UGGCUGGCGUCGCGGAGCCCCAAUCAGGUGCCAUCACACCCGGUGUUUGAGCCUACCAUUGGCUGGUGGGGAAAGGAGCUGCGCGCAAAACCAACCCUGCUGCUCACACUCUCCUCACAGAAGCCGAGCUGAGAACAUCAUCCGCUUUGAGCGCUUAGGCGCAGUGAUUACAUCCUCACACACAGAGAGAGAGAGGGAUAGAGGGAAAGUCCUGUUAUUCGCCGAGUCUUUAUUCAGAAGUUGCGUUUGUUGUAGAUUUGGGCGCAGCGCGAACAGGAGUUUUUACUCUCCUCCUUUUUGUUUUUGAAUUGCUCGUGUGGAGUUUCCUGUUUUUUUGUUUUGUUUUGUGACUUUCUGCGAAGAAGGGGCAGUGUGCUCUGUGCACGGGGAGAGCUGGCUAUGCGUCCUGGCUCCAGCCUGCGAUGUUUGCGCUGACGCCAAAAACUCACAGACCGGCGCAGAAUUGAUUAAAACAGAGAAGCUGGGAUCAAAUGGCUGUGCUCCUCACAGCUGAAACGACACAAUGUUCCACUGACCCGAGGCUGAGGAGAGGAAUUUUGGAAUCGGACAGCCUUGUUGCUGUUAAUUUCACUGCCUUUUUACGGACAGAGGAAAUAGGAAAUGCUCGUUUCUUGUAAGAAAAAGGAAUAACACUCUUUUUUUUUUUCCGUCUUGAAGUGCACUUUGAGAGAGGGGGAGGAGAUGAUUCGGUUAAUAUUCCUGCUCUCCAUCCUGGAUGGAGCCGUCUCCCAGCUGCGUUACACCGUGCCAGAGGAGCAGGAGCCUGGCUCGGUGGUUGGGAAUAUUGCAGAAGAUUUGGGGCUGGACAUCACCAAACUUUCCGCUCGCCGCUUUCAGACGGUGCCCAGUUCACGGACACCUUAUCUGGAGGUGAACUUAGAGAACGGUGCGCUCGUGGUGAAGGAGAAAAUCGACCGUGAAGAAAUCUGUAAGCAGACCAUCCCGUGCCUAUUGCACCUGGAGGUGUUUCUGGAGAACCCGCUGGAGCUGUUUCGCGUGGAGAUCGAUGUGAUGGAUAUCAACGACAACCCGCCCAGCUUCCCGGAGACGGACAUCUCCGUGGAGAUAUCGGAGAGCGCCAUCCCCGGGACCCGUUUCCCGGUGGAGAAUGCCUUCGACCCGGACGUGGGCACGAACGCGCUCAGCACAUACGCCAUAACGAAUAAUAACUAUUUUUACCUUGACGUGCAGACGCAGAGCGACGGGAACAAGUUUGCAGAGCUGGUGCUGGAGAAGUCGCUGGACAGGGAGCAGCAGGCGGUGCACCGCUACGUGCUGACGGCCGUGGACGGGGGCAUCCCGCAGCGGACCGGGACGGCUCUCCUGGUCGUUAAAGUUCUGGACUCUAAUGACAACGCGCCCACGUUUGACCAGUCCGUGUUCACUGUGAACCUGCGGGAGAACUCUCCCGUGGGCACGCUCGUCAUUCAACUCAACGCCACAGAUGUUGACGAGGGACAAAACGGGGAAAUAGUUUAUUCUUUCAGCAAUCAUAACGCGCCGCGGACAAAAGACUUGUUUAAUAUUGAUGCCAGAACAGGUAGGAUAGAGGUGGCGGGGGAGGUGGACUAUGAAGAGAGCAACACGCACCAGAUUUAUGUCCAGGCGAAAGAUCUGGGCGCUAACGCGGUCCCCGCGCACUGCAAAGUGCUGGUUAAACUCAUGGACAUGAACGACAACACACCGGAGAUCGGUUUCAGCACAGUGACCGAGUCCGUGAGCGAGCAGGACGCGCCGGGCACCGUGAUCGCACUCUUCAGCGUGUCGGACCGAGACUCUGGUGAGAAUGGACAAAUGAGCUGCGAGAUCCUGGGAGAUGUUCCUUUCAAGCUGAAAUCGUCUUUUAAAAACUACUACACCAUCGUGACGGACGGACCACUGGACCGAGAGAGCACGGAUUCGUACACCAUCACCGUGGUGGCGAAAGACAAGGGCCAGCCUUCACUCGCCACCAGCAAGUCCAUUAAAGUGCACGUCUCCGAUGAGAACGACAACGCGCCCCGUUUUACGCAGGCGGUUUAUGAUGUGUAUGUAACUGAGAAUAAUGUGCCCGGUGCUUUCAUUCACGCAGUGAGCGCGUUGGACCCUGAUAUAGGACAAAACGCUCUUAUUACUUACUCCAUAUUGGAGUGUGACAUACAGGGCAUGUCUGUGGACACGUAUGUGUCCAUAAACCAGGACACCGGCUACCUUUACGCGCUGCGCUCUUUUGAUUAUGAGCAGCUGAAGGAGUUUAGCUUCAUGGUGCAGGCUAAGGACUCAGGUCCCGCUGAGCUCUUCUCUAAUGCCACUGUAAAUGUGAUCAUAGUUGACCAAAAUGACAACGCUCCAACUGUAAUAGCCCCCAUCGGUAAAAACGGCACAGCCAAGGAGCACCUGCCGCGCUCUGCGGAGCCCGGCUACCUGGUGACGCGCAUCGUGGCCAUGGAUGCGGAUGAUGGGGAGAACGCACGGCUGUCCUACAGCAUCCUGCGGGGCAACGAGAUGGAAAUGUUCCGCAUGGACUGGAGGACAGGGGAGCUAAGGACAGCCCGCAGGAUCUCACCCAAGCGGGACCCACUGGGCUACUACGACCUCCUGAUCGAGGUGAGGGACCACGGGCAGCCCCCUCUCUCCUCCUCCGCCAGUGUGAGUGUAAUAUUAGUGGACAGUGUGGUCGAAGGCCGCAGCGGGGACCGCGGCUCGGCCUCCAAGGCAAAGGAGACCUCCCUUGACCUCACCCUCAUCCUCAUCAUCGCCCUGGGCUCCGUUUCCUUCAUCUUCCUCCUGGCCAUGAUCGUGCUGGCCGUGCGCUGUCAAAAGGACAAGACACUCAACCUGUACACGUGCCUGAUGGCCGGCGAAUGCUGCCUGUGCUGCAGCUCCUGCUGCAGCAGGCAGGCCCGGAGCCGGAAACAGAAGAAGCUGAGUAAGUCCGACAUCAUGUUAGUUCAGAGCACCAACGUGACAUCAGGGGUCGGGCCCGUGGGGCAGGUGCCCGUGGAGGAGUCUGGUGUGGGCGGCGUGGGAGGGGGCUUCGGCUCCCACCACCACCAGAACCAGAACUCCUACUGUUACCAGGUGUGUCUGACACCGGAGUCCGCCAAAACGGAUCUGAUGUUCCUCAAACCGUGCAGCCCCUCCCGCAGCACCGACACGGAUCACACCAACCCCUGCGGUGCCAUAGUCACCGGUUACAGUGACCAACAGCCGGACAUCAUAUCCAACGGCAGCAUCCUGUCUAAUGAGACAAAACACCAACGAGCGGAACUCAGCUAUCUGGUGGACAGACCCAGACGUGUCAACAGCUCGGCAUUCCAAGAAGCAGACAUAGUCAGCUCCAAAGACAGCGGCCACGGUGACAGCGAACAGGGUGACAGCGACCACGAUGCCACCAACCGGGGUCAUUCAGCCGGCACCGACCUGUUCUCCAACUGCACGGAGGAGUGCAAGGCCCUGGGCCACUCCGACCGCUGCUGGAUGCCGUCGUUCAUGCCGUCAGACGGGCGCCAGGGGCCGGACUACCGCAGCAACCUGCACGUGCCCGGCAUGGACGCCACGCUGCCCGACACUGAGGUACCCUCCUCCGUCAACCUCUCCGACCAGCUCACCAUGACCUCGCCUACCGCCUCGUCCAACGAUAGGUCAUUCUCCACCUUUGGCAAGGACGGUCAAAGAUCACAGUCACACCACAGCCUUCACCAUCACCUUCAUCAGCAACAGCAGCAGUACAGCUCCAGCACGCUAGAGAGGAAAGAGUAUGAUAGGGGGACCCUACCGUACAAACCCACCUUUCUCUCCCGCAAAAGGAUUUGCUAGCUCGUUCCACGUGGACCUGUCGGAGACAGCGUGAAUUUCUGUACCAGACCACCAACGCCGACGCUAUAGACUGCGAAACAAAACUAAACAAACAGCAACCUGGACAAGAGCAACCUUCGUUAAACUUCAUUAUCUUGGCUGGCGAGCUGUAACGAAGCCUUGGCAGUGGUUGCCGAGGGAGGGGAGCAGAAAUUGAACUAGAUACCCGAGGAACAAUCCAAGGCCUUAUUCCUCUCAGCGGGACUGAGACCGGGGCCAAAACACUUGACAUGUGACGAUUAUGAAAAUCAUCAGCAGAAAGAAGAAAGGAACUGAUCUGAACAGAGGAAUACAAAAACGACAAGUGAAAAUAGGAGAGACGGAUUCACUCACAGAGGUGGUUUGUCUUUUGUUUGGACUGAGGAGUUAGCCUCUAGAGAUCUGUGUGUGCCUGUUUACAUGGAGAAAAAAAACUAAUGUUUCUGUACAAACUACAACCAACGUCACACGGAACCCUUUAGCUAUUUCUAUGGUCACCACGAAGCCAACUGUACAGAGACUGUUUGGGGAGGAAAAAAGGAGACUGACAGCCAGAGUGAGAGAAAGACAAUUAGGUAGAGAGCAGGUGUUGUACAGGUAUGAAAUGACAGGAGAAAAAAAAAAUGAAGGAAAGGGGGACAAGUAGAGAUGAUGUGCAGUACUAUAAAUUCUGUAUCUCUGGUUUUUUGACUUGACUGUCUUUAUAUAACUUCUCUUUUUUUGUUUCUGUUGUUCUUUCUGUGUGGUUAAAGUGUGCAGACUCUAACGUAUUCCAACGUACAGCUACAGACAGGAACAGGCGCUCCGGAGCCGGGUUCAGUCCUCUUUCGUGUUUAGCCACUUCAGGAAGGCGAGUUAAACAAACACAGACGAUGCGCAGAAAAAGAAAAGGAGUUUAAACAUAAUCCUCAUGUUGAGUCUGUCAAUAAAAUAUCACAAAUGAAUGUUCUCAUUUCUACACUAGUGACUAACAGUUCCUUCCUGAGCUGACUGCCGAGAAAGUGAAAUGACCCUUUACCAGGAUGUGGCUCCCUUGAUUCCAUUGGCCUAUACAUAAACAAUCAGACACAUUCAGUGGUUUUUAUCAUGUGUGCAAAGUGUUUACUGUGCUAUUUUAAAAAGCUUAUAAAUGAAUAUAAAUCUAUAUAUAUAACUCUAUAUAUAUAUAUAUACAUAUACAAUAUACUUUUUUCUGAAAACUGUGUAACCAUUGGUUAGUUUCUACACCUCAUAUUGUCAUUCAAUCUAACAAUACGAAGUACUACAAAAUCAAGACGUGUAUCGAUUCAAACAGAGAAGGAGUGCUGAAGCCGACAAAGCAAACCCCUUCACAUAAACCAUGGAUUAAGUUGCUGUUACUUGUUACUUUUCACAGUUUACAGACGCGAGGCCUCGUUGUGUGUAGCCACGACACCCGUUUGAGUUGUUUUGGCCUGUUGUGUAUUUUUACUAGCAGAAUAUGUGUUCAUGUACAGGAAGGGGGACUAUCACAAUCGAGCUAGAUAUCAAAGUUUUACAAUCAUACAGGAAAGGUAUACACAGACAACACACGGCGAGGCACAAUAUGACACGCAGGCACGCACCCACACAACACACACACACACACACACACACACACACAGGUCAAGUGGUGAUAAAUAAACAGUGUAAUUGAAGUUCUCUUAUGUGUGUUUUGUCACGUUCACCCGGGAAUGAUAGCAUAUAAGGGAUCAAUAAAACACAAGUAGGAGCCUGCAGCCUUGCUUGCGGCUCUGGGAGGCUGUACUCUGGCACAGGUGUGCUAUGAGCUAAAUGCUAACAUCAGCAUGGUAACAUGCUCACAAGGACAAUAAAAACAUAUUGAUGCUACGCAGGUGGAAGCUUUACCAUGUUCAUCAUCUCAGCUUGAUGCAUUAACAUUUGCCAAUUAGCACUAAACACAGAAUGCAGCUGAGACUGAUGGAAAAGUUGAUUAAAAAAUUUGAGCUGAUGAUGGCACUAAAUGGAAAUUUGAAGGAUCACCAAAGUUAUUACAAUCGACCCUGUGGACAUGCGUAAAUAAAUACAUAUCAAAUUCCAAGGCAACCCAUCCAAUAGUUGUUGGGAGAUUACAAAGGGGGGGUUUCUAUCAAGGCUCAUAUCAAUUUGUAUGAUGUUCUUCCUCAUCCUUUAGGUCACACUAAAUUAUUAAACAUGUCACACUAACCCCUCCGAUGUGCUGGCUGGAAAUGCUUUGUUUUAGUGAGACAUCUGAUGUCAAAUGGUAUUGAUGAUAAUGGUGAAGAUGAUAAUGAUGAUGAUGAUGAUGCAGAUGGUUUUAUACAAAAACAACUUGCUCAAACAACCUUUGGUAGUGUCAUGUAUGGUUUGCAAAGAGAGUAAUUCCUCCCUUGCAUCAAACCGAGCAUUGAUCCUACACACAAAUGUUUGGACUCGUUCCCAGAAAAACUGGAAAUGUCUUUUGUCAUCCUUCAGUGUUUUUUUUCAUAUCAGUAAUCUGCUCUACGGUGGUUCUUAAAGACAAAAUUACACGUCUAGCAGCUCUGCAGUGGCCACAACUUUCCACCUUAGCUUUUAACUCACUCACCACAAAACCGAAAAAAACCUGGCCCUGUUCAGACCUGGUAUUAACACCAGCAGUGAGGGACUCCAUCACAAGUGGAGAGCUCUAAUUUUGUCUGUUCACACCUUGCAUUGAAAUGCAUCCUGAAUGGGCCUCCAACGACAACUUGUGAUGGGAGCUCACUUCCAAAAUCUAUAUGAAAAUAAUCACGCAUGUCAUUUGUGUCCGCAAAGACCAAAUUACAUUGGUUUAAUCCAUUCUGUGUGUCAGAGUGUCGAGUGAGCAAGAGAGAGACAGAGACGUGACAGCGUGCUGAGUCAGGAGGGCUGAGAUAAUCAAUGAGCUGUGUGCAGAAAUAUUAUUUUAUCUAUUUGGAAAAAGUGGCCAAAAGCAAAUUACAUAUAUCAAACGAAAAGCAUAAAAAUACAUUUGACAAAGAAUACGAUUCAUUGUGAAACUCUAAGGGGUUCGGAGGACGUCAGAUGAAUAGGUGGUCCUUCAAAUGUGGCCCGGCACACAUGGUCUUUAUACCAGGUCUGAACGGUGUCUUUGCGCAUGACAGGCAGCUUUCACCAGACCUCAUUCUGACAAGCUCUGCUGAAGAGAGUUAAGUUUAUCCAAGUGCAUUUGUCCUUGCAACUCAUUCGGUUUAGCUGCAUGUUUCCAGCUGUAAUGAAGCUGCAAAUUGGCCUUUUUCAUUACUGUGAGCACAUCCCUGCAAACCAGGCCCAGUGAUUUAUUUUACUUUGACAAAACAAUCAUUGUCCAUUUCGCUUGUAAAACUUCACUUUGGACAUGUGAUACCUUCGGGAUCACCAUGAUGCUUAUGAAAGAUGAUAUCCAUCCAAUAUAUUUUAAAAUGUUCUGGCUAAUUAAACCGAUAACAAACCAACAACAGGUCGACAUUACCAUUCCUAGAACCAUGGAGCUUGCUUGGUUAAAAAUAACAUUGUAUACUUGGAUAAAAGUGGCUCUUUUUUACAACCAUUGGAAACCUGCUGCAGAAACAUUCACCGCCAAAAAACAAGCAAGCUAUGAACCCGCUUCUCACUUCAAAUCCUCACAGGGCACUUCUGCUGCUUUCACUGUUGUUUUUAGAACAUGAAUUUUCAUGAAAAUUUAUUCAGCUAUCCCAAAAGAAUCUCGUGGACUUUCAAGAUGUAAUCACCAUGGUUGUGCUCUACUUUCCUCAUUCCCCGACCUCAAUAGCUCAUCAGAAAAAAAAGAAGAAAAAAAAACUUUUUCUGGUGCCUGCCACUCUAGCCUUCUGUCCAUUUCUGUCAGAAACUACCCCUCAACAUCUCAACCUCGCCCCUUCAGUGUGGAGUGAUCCUCACAUGGCCUGGCACAGGUUCACAGAGACAAAAAGAAGAUGAAGAGGAAAAAAGAGUGCUGGAGUCUGGUUGUGGUUUUUACUGCUCAAAAUGAGGUCCAGGGUCAUGGGGGAGAAACAGCAGUCCCUCACUUAGCAGCCUAAAAACAGAGACAAUCUGUUCAGGUCUAUCACAAGUUAGCCUUCUUUUACGAGCAGGGAAACAUGUGACCAGUGCAUGUGAGCACUGGUGGUUGGGGCUGGAAUGGAUGGCCUUUGGGGUUCUGAUGAAAGCAAAAAAAACAAUCCAGCGCAUAUUUGUGUAUGAGACUGAAAAAUGUGGGAGGAAAAAAAAUAAACAUAAAAGGAAAUAGCUUUGUCCAAUGUUGAAAUAACAAGGUUUCAUGAUAAUACAUUUGUGCACUGUUGUUAUGAUUAUAUGAUUUAAUAAUGAUAUUUUCCCAAUAAAAGGACCUUAUCCCAUUACAUAGAAAUAUGGUAUUAUCCUAGAAUUACCCUGUUGUGAAAAGGUUUGGCCCUCACUUCCAUUAUGAAAAACUGUGAAUGUAAUAUAAAAUGUGACCAAAGGCUGGGUAUCAUUCGACACAACAAUCCUUUUUUGUUUUUUUUUACAUGUAACAACACAUGCCAACCUGGUCUGUGUAUCAGUGUUAAAGAACUUAGAUGAUGAAUUGUGUGAUAAACCAAUAAAACAAGUUUAAAAGCUG